AUGGCGUUGACCAUGCUGAAUGCAUUCCCGAUUAAGGAUCCCAGUCCACUCAGGAGUACCCAGUUACAGACCCUCAACUACCAGAACUGCACCAUGCAUGGCAUGUUUGCUCAGUUCCCCGAGGUCUUAUUUAUUCACCGGACCUAUAACCCAAAGGGCAAGGUGCUGUAUACUUUCCUGGUGGAUGGACCACAGGUACGACUGCAGGAUCCCCUUGCCCGGAUCGUCUACUUCACCAUCCCUGCCAAGGAGGAUGCUGAAGGCCUGGCCCAGAUGUUCCAGGUGUUCAAGAAGUUUAACCCAGCAUGGGAGAGAGUCUGUAGCAUCCUGGUGGAUCCCCACUUCCUCCCACUGCCCACUCUGGCCAUGGAGUUCCCUGCCGCUGAGGUCCUGCUCUCGGCCUUCCACAUCUGUAAGUUUCUUCAGGGUAAGUUCUAUCAGCUGUCUCUGGAGCAGCCGGUGGAGGGGGUGCUCUUGACCACCCUGCAGAGCACCAUGUGCUCAGCCACCGCUGGCAACCUGAGGAAGCUGCACACGCUCCUGAGCAGCAGUGUCCCCCCGGCCCAGCUGCCUGGCCUCCACUUGCACUGGCUGCUCAAUGACCGCAUCUGGCUGGCCCACCGCUGGCGGAGCCGUGCCGAAAGCAGCCUCUACUUCCAGGGCCUGGAGGUCAGCACCCGCACCCUUAGCCAGUUCUUUGGCACCACCCCCUGUGUGGAACAAGGCAUGGCCUCCCUGCUCCGAUACAUGCAGCAGAACUCUGGAGACAGAGCAAGCUUCAGCCUGGGUCUGAGUCCUGCCCCCUCAAGCACUCCCACUGAAAGCCCCCACGCGGUGCAGCUGGUAGAAUCCUGCAUCCAGCACUCCCUCAAUGCUAUCUGCACGGAGCCAGCCACACAGCUCUGCCUAGGCGAGUUUGCAGUUGUCCAGAAGUCUGUGCACCUCAUUGGCUCUGGCUCUGAGAAGGUGAACAUACAGCUCCUGGAGGACACUCAUCGGGUGCAGCCCCAGCCCCCUGCCAGCUGCAGCUGCUACUUCAACCAGGCCUAUCGCCUGCCCUGUCGCCACAUCCUGGCCAUGCUCGGGGCCCGCCAUCAGGUGCUGCAGCCAGAGGAGCUGCCGGCUCGGUGGGAGGCAGGCCAGGCCGCCAGUCUGGAAGUCAUCCUGGGCAGCCAGUGGAGCGAGGCCCUGGAGAAGCGCCUGGCAGUGGCUUUCCUCACUGAGGAGGUGGGGCGGCUUCUGCGGCACUGCAGCCAGGAGGAGUUUGAGCGGCGGUACAGCACCUUGCGGGAACUGGCCGACAGCUGGAUCGGCCCCUAUGAGCAGGUCCAACUCUGA